AUGGGGUCGAUAUCGUCUGCAGCCCAAGGCCAGCCAUUUCUUGCUACUUCCCAUGACUCUGUUUCCUGGCACAAACAGGCAGCGCUGACCAGAGCCCUUCGGAGACUACAGCCUGGGAUUGUGGCUCCAGGGAAUGGGGAGGAGGUCAUCAGCUUUGCUACCAUCACAGACUCCUCCACUUCAAUCUGCAGCUCCAUGCUCACCUUCCACCUGUCCACUGUUCAGUCCCACCACCUAUACCAUGCCCGUCUCUGGCUGCAUGUGCUCCGAACCUUUCCUGGCACUCUUCACCUGAGGAUCUUCCGAUGGGGCCCAAGGAGGAAGCACAGAGGAUCCCGGACCCUCCUGGCAGAGCACCAAAUCACUACCCCAGGCUGGCAUGCCCUUACUCUGCCCUCUAGUGGCUUGAGAGGUGAGGAAUCUGCUGUAUUGAAACUCCAACUGAACUGCAGAUCCCUGGAAGGCAACAAGACAAUUACUGGACCACUGAGGUGGCUACUGGACACUACGGGACACCAGCAGCCCUUCCUGGAGCUUAAGAUUCGUGUCAACGAGCCUGAAGCAGGCCGGGCCAAGAGGAGGACUCCCACCUGUGAGCCUGAGACCCCCUUAUGUUGUAGGCGAGAUCAUUAUGUAGACUUUCAGGAACUGGGAUGGCGAGACUGGAUCCUGCAGCCUGAAGGUUACCAGCUGAAUUACUGCAGUGGGCAGUGCCCACCCCACCUGGCUGGCAGCCCUGGCAUUGCUGCUUCAUUCCAUUCUGCUGUCUUCAGCCUCCUUAAAGCCAACAAUCCUUGGCCUGAGGGUACUUCCUGUUGUGUCCCUACUGCCCGAAGGCCUCUCUCUCUCCUCUACCUUGACCAUAAUGGCAAUGUGGUCAAGACGGAUGUGCCAGAUAUGGUGGUGGAGGCUUGUGGUUGUAGCUAGCAAGAGGACCUGGGGGUUCAGAUAGAAGAUAUCAAGUUGGGGGUUCCCAGGUAAAGGGCAUCUGUGUCUGGAGGCAUCAGGUUUCCUGAUCCGCACCUCCACCCAACAAGACCACCUGGCACUAUGUCAGGGUUGACCCCUAUGUGACCCAAAUGYACACUUUCUUGUCCCAGACUUUUGGCCUUUUUCAGGCUGGUUGAUAUGUGGACAAAUGGGUAAAGUAUUUCCUCUAAGGGGACUACCCAGGCAGUAUGAUUUUCUACCCCAAGUGAGAAGAUGGCAGGGGCUAGCAGGGAAGAGAGGGAAGGAGAAGGCAGAGAAAAUUACUUAGUAUCUCCCAAGAAGAGUAAGUCCUCAAGAAAGGGAGGAAGCAGAAGUUUCAGCAAGCUUGGGACAGGGCAAAUGGGCUGGCCAAGGGUAGGGAUUGUUGAGUGCUUUAAGGGAGGGUCAAGAGGGAGAUGAACAAGGUGCCAAGGGAAGGUGUUUAGGAAAACUCCAGAAGCAGGAAUCAGGAAAAAAGGGUGCUGAGCCUAAGAAAUUCUCUGAUUUUCCCUGGGGAAACACAAACAUUUAUUCUUUUU